AAUGACAAGUCGACUGUAGGCUAUUUUUUGAUUAGUGGUGUCUUCUUAUCGAAAAUAUGUAGGUUAGGUUGAAUCUAUUUUCGUUUAAUUAUGUAGAAAAAGAGUAGUACUUAGAUGAAAAAAUGUCUCAAAUAAUGUUAAUUGUCGCUUUGGCACAUCUAGUUUAUUGUCCAUUUACAAAAGUAGAAGAGAGUUUUAAUUUACAAGCAAUUCACGAUAUAUUAUAUCAUGGAUUUAACCUAACACAGUACGAUCAUCUCGAGUUUCCUGGAGUAGUGCCACGAACUUUUAUCGGACCACUUUUUAUAUCCGCUUUAGCAGCUCCAGUAGUUACGAUACUUCAAUUUUUAAAUGUAAACAAAUUUUGGGCCCAAUAUUUAGUUAGAACCAUCCUUGCUACGUGUGUGAUUUACACUUUCAAUUUGCUCAGCAAGACCUUAGAAAAAGAAUUAGGAACGAGAUGGUUGCAGUGGUUUAUAGCAAUAACUGUAACUCAAAGCCACUUUAUGUUCUAUUUGAGCCGUCCAUUACCUAAUAUACUUGCUCUACCACUAGUAUUACUGGCACUCAAUGGUUGGCUGAAAAAUAAUCAAAAAUCUUUUAUUCUUUUCUCUGGAGCAGCAAUAAUUAUUUUUAGAGCAGAAUUGUCCUUAUUUCUGGGUAUUCUUUUGCUCUAUGAUUUAUAUUAUAAAAGGAUAACAAUAAAACGGUUAUUACAAAUUGCUGUUCCAGGAGGAAUAGCUCUCCUAAUUCUAACAGUUGUAAUUGAUUCCAUCUUUUGGAACAGACCUUUGUGGCCAGAAGGAGAAGUGCUGUGGUAUAAUACUGUACUUAAUAAGAGUUCAGAUUGGGGCACUUCACCAUUUUUGUGGUACUUUUAUUCAGCAAUACCGAGAGGUAUGGCAGCUUCUGUAUUUUUGUUACCUGUCGGUCUAGUUUUAGAAACCAGGGUGAGGAAAUUGGUGGUACUAGCUUUGAUAUUUGUUUUUAUAUAUUCUUUUUUACCCCACAAAGAAUUGAGAUUCAUAAUUUAUGUUUUUCCUUUUCUCAACACAGCUGCCGCUAGUGCUUGCAAUAGAAUAUGGGAAAAUAAACAUAAAUCUCCGUUAUAUCAUCUACUUUCUAUGGGAGUGGCGGGGCAUUUAGCACUCAAUGUUGCAUUUACAUUAUUUUUGUUGAGUGUGUCAAAUACAAAUUAUCCCGGAGGCACAGCUAUAUCACGUUUACAUCGUAUAGCUAAAGAUGAACCAUUUGUGAACGUUCACAUUUCAAAUUUGGCCGCUCAAACGGGCGUUUCGAGAUUUACACAAAUCAAUUCGAAUUGGACCUAUAGUAAAAAGGAAAAUUUGAGGCCAGGAGAUUAUGAUCUCUAUGAAUUUACACAUCUGAUAGCCGAAGGGAAAAGUAAAUUUUCACAAAGCUUAAAGCCCUAUUCUGCAACACACGAUGUUAUAGAUGUUAUAGAAGCUUUUCAUCAAAUAUCAUUCAAUUAUUUGACAAUUCCACCUAUAAAAAUAAAGACGAAGCCAGUUCUUUUCAUAUUGAGAAGGAGAUCGAAUUAUAAAAAUUAUUUGAAGAUAGAUGAAGAUGAUAUUUACUCAGGAAGCAAUGAGAAUGAUCAGAUGGUUUUUAAAUCAGAUCCCAUUCAAGACGAGAAUGAAUUUAAAGAAGAUGGAGAUAAUUUUAAGGAAAAUAUUAAUAAGGUGGUAAACGUAUCGAUCGAAUAUAAAGAAGAUGAUGUAGAUAAUAUAUAUAAUGAGAAUGUUGUCAAAGAGGACACGGUUUUGGAAAAAAAUUUACAAGAAGAUAAUUUAGAAAGUACAGAAGAACUGAUAAAGACUAGUGAAAUUAAUGAAGAAGAGGAUAUUAAAAAAAUACAAUUGAAAAAUUAUGUUUCAGUAUCUAAUAAUAAAAUAUCUGAGGAACUAGAAACAGAUACUAAUGACGAUAUUGAAAAGACACACUUAAUUGAAGAAGAUAAAAGUAAAGAGGAAGAUGCUAAUAUGGAAAUAGCGGAAAAUAGGAAAAUACACAAAACUUAUUCGAGACAUAUCAAAAAUAAUGAAGAAAGCAAAGUUGAUGGUGAAAAUAAACAGCACGUUAAACAAAAUAUAAGAAAGAUAAUACAGAAAUUUAAGAGAAAAAAGUUUUUAGAUAUUAAAGAUGAUAAAGUAAUCGAUCAUCCCAAAGAAAAUAUCAAAAAAAUUAUUGAAGAAAGUAGGGCUGAAGAAGAAAGGGAAGAAAUAGAUAAAAUUCAGCACCAGAUAAUAGAUUUGAUCAAAAACAAUCCAAAAAUAACAAAUAAAGAAUUAAUCAUAUCUAAAUUAGAAGAAACUAUGAAAAAUGAAUUGAAUAAUAUUUUCGAUCAAAAGUUAUUGGACAAUAAUGUGAAGAAAACGCAAAUCAGUAAAGAAUCGAAAUACAAAUCGGAGAAUUUAAAUUUGAACGAUAAUAGAAAAUCGAUAAAAAAAGAAAUUAAAAAAAUAAAAGUAUCAUCAGAAAAUAUCGAUUCCAAUGAAAAAGGUUUAGAUUUAUUCCCUACUAAUAAGAAAUACGUUGAUAAUGAUGUCGAUAAUCAGUUAUUAGAAGAGGAAAAAAUUGCGUUUUAUAAAAGAUUUAGAAAAGCUAAUGAAAAGUUAGAAAAUAUUAUGAUGAUUAUCGACGAAAUCGUGGAUACUAUUGAAAUUAUCGAUGAAAAUAAUGUAAGAUAAUGUUUGUUUGUGAGGUUUGUUGUUUUUGUUGAAUAAAAUUGAUUUGAGAAAAAAAA